GUGGAUUGUAACUGGGUUGAGCUGUUUGAUCAUGUAUGAGCAGGCCAUAUAACCCGGCCCCUUGCUGCUGAGCUGGACUUGGACGUGACAUGGAAUAACAGCAGUGGGUUCCUACCUAUGUGCCAUGCCCUCCCACAACGGUACCAACCUAAGCCCAUCUACCUUCAUCUUGGUCGGCAUCCCUGGGCUGGAGUCUGGCAGAUCCUGGAUGGCAUUCUUGCUCUGCUCUAUGUACAUCAUGGCGGUGGCAGGCAACAGUGCGGUGCUCUUCAUCGUGAAGAUGGAGAAAAGCCUACACAUCCCUAUGUAUUUUUUCCUGUGCAUGCUUGCUGCCAUUGACCUGGUGCUGUCCACUGCUACCAUGCCCAAACUCCUCUCCCUCUAUUGGUCUGACAUGAGGGAAAUCAGCUUUGGUGCCUGCCUCAUCCAGAUGUUCCUUGUCCACAGCCUCUCUGCUGUUGAGUCCUCUGUCCUGCUGGCCAUGGCCUCAGAUCGGUACGUGGCCAUCUGCCACCCUCUGAGGCAUGCAUCCAUCUUCACCAAUGCAGUGACAGCAAAGAUUGGGCUGGUGGCUUUGGCCAGGGGGGUGAUGUUCUUUCUCCCACUACCUCUGCUCAUUCUGAACCUGCCAUUCUGUGGGUCCAAAGUCCUGUCCCACUCGUACUGUCUGCACCAGGAUGUCAUGAACCUGGCCUGUGCCGGCACCACUCCCAAUGUUGUGUAUGGCCUGACCACCAUCCUCCUGGUGAUGGGACUGGACUCAUUGCUCAUCUUCCUGUCCUACGUCCUCAUCAUCCACACGGUUCUGCAGCUGGCCUCCAGCAAGGAGCGGCUCAAGGCCUUUAGCACUUGCGUGGCCCACAUCUGUGUGGUGCUAGCCUUCUACGUGCCGCUGAUCGGGCUCUCUGUGGUGCACCGGGUACAGAAUGGCCACUCACCACUGAUCCAUGUGAUCAUGGGGAACGUCUACAUCUUAAUGCCACCUGUGCUCAACCCCAUUAUCUAUGGGGUGAGGACCAAGGAAAUCCAGAGACGGAUCCUGAAGCUCUUUAGGAUGGAGAGCUAUGGGGCAGCUCAGUGA